AUGCGGACGUUUGGAAGAUUACAAGCAAAGUACACGAUCCGAGAAGGCUUGCACGUUUCGUUGAUGGAAAAGAAAGUCAUGUCUCAGAGGAAGAAGUGGACCUCCAUGAGCAAGAUUCAGGCCACAUGGACAGACGAGGAUGAAACUAGUAAUGUUGAGCGGAAAUUCUCGAACAGCCGAUUCCUUGAUGAAGACGAUGGUAAUGAAUGGGAGGAGCAGAUUGUGAUCAGAAGAAUCCCAAAAAGGCGUGAGAAUUACUCGAGCAUGAACGAAAGAUCAGCUGCAUUACCCAGGGACGGAUCACUUCUUAUGGAAAUGCCGUCUCCAUCACGGUCAUCCUACUAUCACAACAGUUCCCAACAACGGUAUUCUUCGCAUCGUCCAUCUUCUGCUUCACCAUCCAGGAGGAAUCGCCAUCCGUCAUUUUAUCCCCGGCACACAAGUCGUCAGGAAGAGCCGCAAAAGUAA